AUGUGGGCAGCUCGCGGGCCACCGCGGAUCUUGCGCUCGGCGCCGGGCGCGGUCGUCUGCGCUAGCGCCGACGGCGUCUGGAAGGCCGACGUACUGCUGGACGCGGUGCAUCUUCGCUGCUACCAGAUCAAGGACGACUACCCGGCCGUGUAUGCGCUGGACCGGCCGGCGAAUCCGCCGAUCGCCGCCGCCUUCAAGGCCCCGCGGGCGUCACGCUUGGCGGUACUCACCGAGACGAGUCUCGAGAUGUACUUGUGCGCCAGUGACAUUGCCAACGGCGUCACGUUCACGUUUGCGCUCAGCAUCACGCUCGGCACCAAAGGCGUCGAAGUCGCCACGACGCUGGCCGCGAACGAGCAGCACCUCUUCAUUGGCACGUCGCUUGGCCGCAUGAUGGUGUUUCAAUGGGCGGAUCUGCGCGCGGGCGGCCACUUUGUAUCGCCCCUCGACGUCCUCGGCAGCCGCCCUGCGUUCCCCGUUCUCCCCGAGCCAUCGGCCGUGUGCUCGAUCGCGUGCAGUAGCGCCACGUAUGUGCUCACGUCGCUCGUGUAUGUCUGCGUGAGCUUUGCGAACGGCUUUGCGGUGCUCAUGAGCUUUGCACCGACGCACUUGCGCCUCGAAGAGAUUGUGUGGCUCAACGAAGUCAUUCCGGUGCUCGGCGACGUGACUACCUGCCACGUUGACGGCGAAGCGUCCCUCGUCGCGCUCGGGUCGGCCACGAGUGUCACGACGCUCCUCCGGCUGCGCCACAAGCGGCCGACCGAUCCCGAGUUUGUGCCGGUUCAGAUCACCGAGCAUGCGACUCUCUCGCUGGCGUUAUGGGGCUUCACCCCCGACGACCUCGGCGCCGUGACUGCCCUCGCGUUUACUGACGACGGGCGCGCGAUUGCAGUCGGGUUUGGGCUCCGCGGCAUGGCGGUCUUUUCGAUCGACAGCUGCAAGCUCAUGUCGACGUUGCCGCAGCAGUUGGUCGCCAAGGACAACGAGCUGCUUCGGUACGGCGUCUCGUCGCUGCAGUGGACGAACGCCAGCAGCACGCUCCUCGUGACACCUCGCGUCGGCAACAACACGCCGCCGCCCUCGACAACCAGCGCCGGGGCCCUGUCACCGACCUAUGCCCUUGUGCACGUCGAGAUGCUCAAGGAACAGGACGGGCUCUGCCUCUCGCUGGCGGGCGAGCCCAAGCAAUGCGGCGCUUGGGUCCGCAGUGAAGCGCCGUUCGUGCCGCAGCCGUCCAACGGCCUGCCCGGUCCCGCCGAGCGCAGCGGCCAAAUCGACGGCGGCGACCUCGUCGUCGCGAUCAACGACCAAGCCGUCGCACACUUGGCGUUCGAUGACAUUGUGGCCAUCGUGAAGGAGCUCCCAUUACGCUCCUCCGUGAAGCUCUCGCUGCUCCGUAUUGACUUUGCCAAAGCAUUUUCGCUUGCGACGCUGGCGCUCCAGUCGCAUGCGUUUUGCGCGACGCACAAGCUGGCGCUUGACGAAGACCACGUCGUGUGGGAAUACGCGCUGCGCAUGCAAGCGACAGUUGGCGACUGCGUGACGCCCAAGCCGUCGAUGCUGGCCUUUGAAGAGCGCGCUAAGUUUGACGGGUACAUGGCCAUCGCGGGUCUCUCGAGCACGCUGGCCAUGCACCGGUACCUCAAGCUCUACCUUUCUUGCUUCCCGCGUACGAAUUGGCAGCCGAUUGAGGCGCUCGACCACUUGGUCGCGUUUCACAACCCCGAGACAUCGCGGCUGCCGACCGCAACUCCCACGGUCGUGCUCAUCGACUUUGCGCGUUCGGUGCUGCCGAUGGGGAAGAGCGACUUGCAUCUCCUUGAGGCAUCGAGCGUCCACGUGCUCGCGGCCAACUGCAAGAACGACCCGUGCGGGGUGCUCUCAUCGAUCGCGAUUCCCGUGCCGAGUACGUACACCAACCAAAACAGCCCGAUGCAGCUCCUCGCCGUCUCGGCCGACGAUACGCGCGUCGCCGUCGCGGGUGCCCGAGGCUUUGCCCUUCUCCACAAGCCAAAGGGAACGUGGCUUUGUUUCGGCAACGUCCACGACGAGCAAGCGUUCCGAGUUGUCGCGAUGGAGUGGUGGCACAGCGAGGCGCUUGUCGCGCUCGUGCUGCAAGACGACCUGCUUCUCAUUGACGUCUAUGGCCGCGACCGCCUCGAUGUGCGCUGCUGCCGGCUCGUGUUGCCGCCGACCGCGUUUUUCUAUGCACUGGCCGUCGACCACGAUCGCGUCUACUGCCUCUCGCUGCAGCAACUGCUCGUGUACCGCAUUACGACGUCCAAGUCGGCCGACACGUUUACGUUUGAGAUUGCGUUUGAGCGGGCCGAGGCCCUUCCGCGAUGCAACGCCAUGGUCGGCCAGGCUCAUUUCUUUGUGCCAAUUCCGCGCCUGACAGCAACUUCAAGUACAGCGCAUAUGACGAGCGGCGCGUGGUUUCACGGCUGGCUCGGCCUCUUGGGCGAGGCGGACGCGCCGAUGCUCUUGCCUCGGUUCGCCCUCCUCGAUACGCUCGGGAGUCUCUAUGUAUGGGACCCAGAGACCAAGGAGCAGGUGCUCUUGGCCAGUGACAUCUCGCACGUCUCGACGUGGCGCGGCCCGAGCGAGCUCCCGACACCGUGCACGCUCAUGCACGGGCUGUAUGGUCCCAAGGGCUUCCAGGCGUGGUGGCCGCUCCUCGACGGCGUCGAUUUUGAACCGAAAGCGCCGGGCGACGCGCUCCGAUCGUUCCUGCAAGUCCACGACCCGCCACGUGCGCGCCGCAUGGGCAAGCUCCAAGGCGCAUCCGAGGAGGUGGCCAGUACCUACUACCAGCUCUUGGCCGAGUACGGCGUGCGCCUCGAGGUCGCCAACGCCGAGUCGUCCGACGUUCCGACGUCGGUCCACUGCAUCAUGGUCGACCCGGUACUGAAAUUCAACCCGGAAGUGCAGCUGGUAGGUAUUCACGCACGCUUUGGCGUCCUCGUCGGCGCGUUCCAAGACCAAUAUGUCGGUAUCUACGACAUUGCCGCGCGGGUGCAGCCGCUCUUGCACUCGCUUCUCUCGCUCUUGCUCGUGCAGAAGCAGGCGACGCUUGCGCAGGCGUGUUUGGAGGUGAUGAAUGCGCGCCUCGGCCUCACGACGCCCACAAAAGAGCUCGUGCUCGUGACGGCGCUCGACAAUGCCUUUCGACGCGUUUGGCCGGCGGCAGUCGUCGAGCGGACGCUGCUUUUGCUCCAAGACCCCGAGAACGAGAUGGAAACGUACUGUGAAAUCGUCGCCAACGUUGCGCGCAAGGUUGAGCCGAACCGCCUCCCGCUGCUGUUCCCGCUCGCCGGCGACCCAAGUGCGCUGCUCCAGCUGUGCCGGCAGCGCCACGAGGUGCGGACCGCCGCCAACUUUCUCUUGUGCUUGGACGAGUCGGUGAGCACGCCGACGCUACUGAAUCGGACGCGCACCAACAGCUUUGCUCAGUUUCAGUCCCGGAGCGCGCUCGCGCUCGAGCUCAUUGUCGACUGCGUCGAGUGCGACGAAGACCAUUUGGCGCUGCAGCUGGUCCGUGUCGCGCGGGCGUGGGAGCCCGACCACUACUACCACGCGAGCAACGGCGCGUCCCCACAGUACGAGCGCUACAUUGACGAGCAGCUUGGUAAAUACGCCUUCCAGAUGCUCGUCCAGUACCGGUUCGACAAGGUUGUAUGGCUCGUCUCGCAGACCCAAGUGCCGUUGCCAGUUUUGUUCGGCGACGAUCUCGGCGUCCGCAGUGAGAGUCUCUCGCUCAUCCACGAGCGCCUUGAUGGCCUCUUGACAAAGGACGAGGUGCGCUUGCUCCACGCUGCGGUCUCGGCGGCCAAGUACGAACAGUGGGCGACGCUUCUCGAAGCGGUGCGGCAGCAAGAGACGUAG